UUGCCUCAUUAAACAUUUUCAUUUUACAUCGGUUGUCUUGUACGUUACGAUUGUUUCUUAGUCAUUCAGAAGCGUCAGUCGCCAGUGACUGACGUGCUUGACGUGUUAAUAUUCAUCGACUCGAAGCAUUACUACCAAUAAGACAAAAGCAAAUAAUGUACUCUAUCAUGCAACAAUACAAUCGUUUCUCGAUCGAACAUCACGAAAAUCGGCUUUCGAUCGGCGUCGAGCGUUUCGUCCCGCCGGAGACUUACGUCCACGUGUCUCAACCGCAACGGUCGGCACGACGGAAUCGUAAUGCAAACGAAGCGUCGUUUCCGCUCGACAUGAAUAAUACGCGCGGGCAUGGUCCGAGUUGUCGAAUCUGAACGAUGCACGGCAAAUAUUGGCAGAGACGCCGAGGAACCGACGGCGGUCGCUCGCGUCCGCGCGGCGAUCGAUCCCGCGGCGGCCAGUUUGUUGUGCCUGCGUCGCUGUCGAUCGGGCUAGGCAACUAUCGUCCCGGAGGAACAUAGAUUAUCCGCGCGUUUCAUCUGAUUCGAAUUUCGCCGCCGCGCGAGGAACGGGCGAGGAUUACCGGCGUGAAUCACAGUCGCGUGUCGAUCGCGCAAGCGGACGCGAGCAAAUGCCGGCCACCGGAGCACGGAAAGCGACGAGAUCGCGGGCGCGGCGAUGGCUGGUGCUCGCGUUGCCGAUCCUCUGCCUCUGGGAAGGCGGCGUCCGCUCGAAACCGGAGGACAACGAGCCGAUCCUCAUCAGGCCGCUGUUCGUCUACGAGAAUCUGAUCAAAGGCGUUCACGACUACUUCAACAACACCUGCAUCAUACUGUUCCACGACUCGCCGAAUCCGACGGAAGGCAAAGAGUUGCAAGAAAUCGACGGGCUGUUGGGCCUUCAGAGAUACUUCAGCGGGACUUUGAGCAUUCGGACGUCGAUCAUGGAUUUCCGCACCUUCAAGGAUCGCCUGGGGGAUACUUACAAUUCCAUCAAGAGGCCGUUGUUCGUUCUAUUGAACGACCUGGACGCGACCAAGGAGCAAUUCGCUUUGGUCUCCAGGUGGAUCACGAUGGCGUAUCCCACGUGGCUGCUGUUCCUGCGGAAUGACACCAAGUUCGAGGACUUCCUGUCGGAGGUGCACGUGCCGUUCGACUGCGUCUUUAUGGUCGCCCAGCCGGACGGCCACGGUAUCGGCGAGGUGAUCAGAGACGUCUAUCGGAUCGGCAAGGAAGAGGAGCUGAGGUGGAUGAAGUUCGGCGAGUGGGACGCCGCUCGAGGCUUCCGGGGGCCUCGGCUGGGCCUCUACCAGCGCAGGCACGAUCUCCACGGUCGCAACAUCAGAGUCGUCGCUGUGCAAAUCGGUUUGUUCGCAGGAUCCCCCGGUCUCGCGGAUCCUCCGCGACGAAGCGAACCGCACGAUCGGCAUCGCGGGCUUCUUCGGCGAGGUCAUUCAUCUGCUGCAAGAAGGAAUGAAUUGCACGUUCAGUUACAGGGAAGUGGAAUCGUGGGGCAUACGGUUGCCGAACGGCACGUGGACCGGUUCCAUGAGGAUGCUGAUAGAAGGCGAGGCGGACCUCGCGGCCACCGAGCUGAUGAUGACGUCCGACCGGCUGGACGCCAUCGAGUUCACCACGCCCGUCUACUCUACCAGGUGUCGCGUGUACAUCAAGAGGCCCGACACGACGGCGGUCAAAUGGAACGCGUACUUCGCGCCGUUCUCGUUGAACACCUGGAACGCGAUCGCGCUGACGAUCGUGAUCGCGGCCCUGACGAUCACCACGAUCGACGCGUUCACGGUGAACCUCGACCGACCUCUCCUCGACUCCUCGAUGCAAGCCCAGUCCGCGCUCCUCGAGGUGAUGUUCCUCGUGUUCGGCGCGUUCUGCGGUCAAGGCAUGGAGUCGUCUCUGCUGGAUCCGAUUCGGCUGGUGCAUCUGAGCGUGUACCUGACCGCCGUGGUCGUGCUCGCGGCUUAUUCCGCCGCGCUGAUCAGCUUCCUCGCGGUGAAGACGUUCGCGAUGCCGUUCACCACGAUGGACGGCAUGCUGGCGGACGGCAGCUACCGAUUCGCCGUGAUCGGCGACUCGGCCGAUUACACUUUCUUUCAGAACACCACCGAUGGCAUGCUCGCGGUCAUGUUCGACGAGCUGCUGGCCAGCGAGACCGAUCUGCCGAUCAACUAUCUGGACGGGCUGCGGCGCGUCUGCAGCGAGAACAAGUACGCGUUCAUGACGCUCGACAACAUGGCGUCCGUGCUGCAAGGGGUGGUCGACUGCAACCUGGAGCCUCUCGACGCCAUGGUGCAGACGACGAUAGCUAUGGCGGUGCCGGAGCACAGUCCGUAUCGCGGCAUCAUCGAUACCAACAUCCUGCUGCUGCGCGACAGCGGGAUCCUCCAGAGGUUAAUGAAAGCGGAGUGGGCCACGCGAUCCAGCCAGGUAACCCCCGACCCCGCUCGUCCCCGAGUCGAGUAACGCAAUCACCCGUGACGAUUUCAGCCGAAAUCUGGCUGGUCGUCGGUCGAGCUCGAGGACGCGACUCCGCUGCUCGUCUUCCUGCUCCUCUCGUUCGUGGUCACCUGGCUGGUGCUGCUCGUGGAGAGGCUGAUGCGUCCGCAGCGGACCGGGUCGACGGCCAUCGAGCGCCGUAACGAGACUCUGCCGCGCCGAGCGAUCGUUCGGCAACCGACUCGCCAACGGAUUUUCGAGCAGCGCGAACGUAAACAAACGAAGUAGCUGCGGCGCGCGUGCGUCCGGACACGGCCACGGUCGCGCGAUCGGUCCGCGCGCCGGCGAGGAUCGACGAGCGACCAGUGAACGAACAGAGUGAGCCAACGAACCAGCGCGAAACCUAUCCGGUUGGAUCCGAUUAAAUGGUCGAGGAACGCGAUGCCGAUCUUCCCGCGAGCCGCCCUCCGCGCGAAAACCUCCGCGCCGUCGAAGGAGCACGCGUUGCCGAGCGGCAAGGAGAACGAGUGUCCCUCGUCGAGCGCGCCGGGCAAUCGGAGAGUGAUCGUCCCUAGGCGACGCGCGUCCUUGUGCUCGAACGACGAUCGAGGAAGGAAACCGGUAAACUCGAUCGCCGAGUGCUUCUCCUCGAAGAAGUCGC